AUGACAUGGAGUCCAAAGCGACUUUCGCUCGGCUUCGAGCCAGGUGAACUCCACCAGUAUGAGCCUCCAGGUAGGCGCAGGGAAACGGCGUCACGGCCCGGACGGCAAUGGAUGUUCUGGAGACUCGCAGUGGUCGCCCUUGUCGGCGCCUGCCUCGCUGUGACGCAGGGGACCAACUACUCGCAUCACUUUCACGCACACCUUGCCAAGCACCGUAUCCUCCUCAACCUGCAGGAACAACCAGCGCUUCGAUUUACUUUCGAGCUCAAGCGCAAAGCCAUGUACGUCCACGGUGUCUCGACAUUCGACGUCGUCGCGGUCCCUGCACCGAAGCGCUCGGCCGACGACGGACGAAUGGUAUACGACGGAAUCGCGUCGUUUGAGCAGGACGGAGACUGUCACGAGUAUUCUCUCGUGAACGGCGUGACGUACUACACGCGGCGUCCCAAUGGCCAAGAGGUCCAAUCAGGAUGUCUCCCCUCCGGUUUCGUCCCACCCAUUCACAGUGUUUUAGAUGCUAUUUACACUGCGACCACCGCCAACCCGUUGAUGUCGUCAAGCGACAAGUGUCCGCGCGGGUCAAUACUCGUGUUUCAGUUUGCAGACGAGGACUUUGUGCUGUGCUCAGGUCGAUCGAGUUGGCCAUGGGAUCCAGACGACGGUUUUCAGAUAUUUGGAAAGGACCUGAACAUCGACGUUAAGUACGAGCAGUCUCCACCGACUAUUGUGGCUCCGCAUGUAUCGACAGAGGAAUUGACGUCAUGCGGAGUCGUUCCGUUCGGAGAUCGUGUCUCCACGUCACUGCCGUCAAUGGUGUCUCGGUCAUUUUCUGAGUGGGGCCACCGUGCUCUGCGCGCGGAGAGAGCUCAAUCAAACAUAUUCGAGAAGGCUUGGGACCUAAUCACCGAUGACAGCUGUGGCUGUAAGGGCGCGCGACGGGAGUGUGUGUUUGUCGCUGGUCUAAUCUCGUUUGAAGAACGUGGUCUGACGAAUGACGAUCCUCAUAGCUACUUCGGAGACAGCAUUGGUGACCACUCUCCGUGCUGCUUGAGCAGAAAGUAUAUUACAGUGAACGCAAGGGAUAAACUGUGGACUUCGCCGGACAUUCAGAAGCGCUUGGUUGAUCUGCUGCUUAAAGUAAGCCGUACGAGUGACGCAACUACAAGAACUGUCAAAGACACGAUUAUUGUCGGCCACUCGAUGGCUAACGUGAUCUUGGCUGGUGCCAUUGCGAAAAAAACGGUAAAACUUGACCCGUCCACAUCUUGGGUGGCUGCGAGCACCCCCAUGCAAGGCAGCAUGGGUUCAAACUACAUCCAGCAGUCAUGCCACGGCGAGCGGACUGCUUUUGUGGCUAGCAUCAUCGAUUUGUUGGGCAAUUGCCCAGUAAACACUGGCGAGGUGUCGCUCACAUACAAGAAUUCUAACCUCUCGACACCGGAAUUAGACAAUGCGUACACCGCCGCACAAGCUGCUUAUGUUGCCAACGUGGACGCGGUCAUAUGCAGCGACAGCUUCGCUGGCUUGGUGACUGUGAAGGCGGCAAUCUACGCGCUUGCUGGCAAAGUUGUUCCACACCACUCCUCUAGAAACGAUGGGAUUGUAGAGUUUUCAAGCUGCGCGAUGGGCCUCCCGCCUGAGACCUUCGGCACGUCAUACAAAAGUCCGCGGUACAUGGCAAAACUUAAUCACGUCGACACGUCGUUUCGAAAUGGCGAUGGCUUCUUUAGUGAUGCGAAGAAACCGUUGAAGUGGUUUGAAUGCCUGUUGUAG